UUCUCGAAUAUCAUGUCAUGACACAAGACGGCUGAUAUCUGCUCGCUUUUGUGGUCUUCAUGGUCGCGAAGGGUACGAUACAUAGCCGUUGACGAUUGUCCAUGACGAGCGGUCGAAGCGCACAGGGUUGCUGGACCUGUCGUCUACGGCGGAAGAAGUGCGACGAGGCAACUCCUGUCUGCUUCUCCUGCGACUCACGUAAUAUACAAUGCCAUGGGUAUGGGCAACGGCCGGAAUGGAUGGAUGGUGGCGAGCGUGAGCGUGCGGAACUCGCGCGCAUCAAGCAAUGCGUGAAGAAGAAUCGUCGCCAGAAACGAUUACGCUCACAGCAAUUGCAUUCUGCUGCUAGCCCCCAGACACCUCCAUUAACAGGAUCUGACCAGCACAGUACGGAGGGAAAUGAUAAUAGAAACGUUUCUCGAGUUACUAAGACUGGGCCCGAUAGAAGAGAGGACUUGUCACCGACAGUUUCACAUCCUCCAGAAAGCCCUCUGGAUUUGUCCUCGCAUAAUGCAGACGGUAACUACAAUGGCGAAUAUCUGAGUUUGAUACCUGAAGUCAACACGCCGAAUUGCCCUGCUAAAUUGUCGCUUCCAGCUCGAUCUCCAUCACAGCACCAUUUACCGCAGUCGGUGCUUCCGCCACUGCGUAUCCUGCACCACCGCGAAACUGAGCUCUUGAUGCACUACCUGGAUCAUGUAUUUCAUCUGCAAUUUCGGUUCCAUUCACCGUCCGUUCGCACAGGUGGCAGAGGGUGGCUGCUUUGGCUACUCAUCCGGACAGGCCCUCUUUAUCAUGCUGCUCUGAGUCUCAGCGCAUUGCAUCAACAUGUGAUCCUCCACCGAAAAGAGAAUGCAGAUUCUUCAGGGACGUGGAACCGCCUCAGUCCCACGUUGCAUGAACUCAAUGAGUACCAUGGUCGGACACUACAGGAACUGCAGAUUUGUCUGCAAACCAGUCAGAUGGAUACUGACCACCCUGACUUGGGCAGACAGGUCGAGAUCCUUGCCUGUGGUGUCCAACUGAUCAGCUUCCAAUUGUUCCAAGGGGGUGUUAGUGAUUGGCAGAUGCACGUAAAUGCCGUUGCCGCACUGAUUUCCUCAAUUGAAGAUCACCGGCAGUUACAGCUGGAACACUCGCCGGAUGGGGAAGAACUUCAUACGUCCGCAGACCCCUUUUCUGCACCAUCUCCUGAGGAAGCAGCGCUUCAUUUCCUCAGCGCUGUAGUUAUUUGGUUCGAUAUCGCUGCCUGUGUGUCAACAGGCACCGCUCCUCGACUUCUCCAUCAUCACCCCUCUCUUCUCGGAUCUGGACGUAUUGACCUUGCCAAUGUGAUGGGCUGCCGCUCCUGGGCAAUGGAGACCAUAGGUCAGAUAGCCGCCCUGUCUGCCUGGAAGCAGGAGCUCGUGACUGACGGCAGAGGCGUCAGCAUCUGGGAAUUGGUUGAGAAGGGGAAAUCCAUUCAAUCACGCCUAGAAUCAGAAAUCGGGGCACUCGAGGCAGAAACUGUGACAGAAUACCAGCGAAACUCCACGCGCGCUGUUCAGUCUGCGAUUACUUACGCCUUCGCAUGUGGGGCCUUGGUAUACCUGCAUGUAACAGUAUCAGGGGCAUAUCCCUCUCUGCCAGAGAUAAAGAGUUCUGUGUCGCAGACCUUAUCCGCAUUGUACAAUGUGGUACAGGUGAGCAACGAUCCCCAGUCAAUCAGAGGCGUAGUUUUGCCACUUUGCGUGGCUGGCUGCAUGGUAGACCUGGAGACAGGCCUGCAAGAAGAAUAUCGGCAUUUGAUACUUGAUAUGGGAGAUGACGCUCGCGAAUUCGGGAACACUUCAACUGUACUUUCGGUCAUGGAGAAAUGCUGGGAGAUGCGCCAGACGCAUCCUAAAGGUGACGGAAAUGGCCCCUGGGACUGGAGACGCGCGAUGGAAUGCCUAGGAGUGAGAGCAUUUCUAAUUUAGAGCUGGCCUCAGAAUUCACAGUCAAUGUACACAGAAAUUUCCCGAAAACGGUAAUUUGCUGUGCGU